GGUGAAACAAGUUGGACUGCAGUGCUGCGUUAUAGCUACAAGUGAGGUGCUUAGUAAAGUGAAGCUCUGUUCUGUUCGAUUGAAGUGGAACAUAGCCUGCAGUCACAGUAAAAUGUCUGAUUCGAUAAAAAACGUGGCGAUCUUUGGCUCGACGGGAAUGACUGGCUUGGCGACGUUACCUAUUGCAGCGGCUGCAGGUUAUAACGUGACCGUGUUGGUGAGGGAUCCGUCCAGGCUGCCUGCUGACCAUAAAGCCUCGCGGAUUGUGGUGGGAGACGUCCGUAACAAAGAGGAUGUGAAGAAGACUUUGGAGGGCCAGGAUGCUGUCAUCAUCAUCCUGGGCACAAGGAAUGACCUUAGUCCUACAACCAUGAUGUCUGAGGGCACACGGAACAUCCUAGAGUCUAUGAAAUCCCGUGGCAUCUGCAAAGUGGUCGCCUGCAUGUCCGCAUUUUUGCUGUGGGACAGAGCAAAGGUUCCUUCUCGCCUGAUUCAAGUCACUGAAGAUCAUGAGCGCAUGUACAUGCUGCUGAAGGAAUCUGGACUGGAUUAUGUAGCGGUGAUGCCGCCACACAUCGCAGAUAACCAUCCCCUGACUGAAAAGUACAUGGUCGCUGAGAACAUGCUGCGAGGAAGAGUCAUCUCCAAACACGAUCUGGGUCACUUCUUCGUCAAGUGUCUUUCUACGUCUGAGUGGGACAGGAAGACCGUGGGCUUGUGGGGGGAAUACAGCUAAAUUCCACACUAUUCAACGCAACUUCAUUUAUCAGUUUCUUUUAAUAUGAUAACAUUUAUACACAGUAAGAUUUUGUAACAUGUUAUCUCAACAGAUCUUCGUAACAUAAACAGAAUCGUUAUGAUUUCACAGAUGAUGCAAUAUAAAAACCUCAAAGUUUGUGAUAAAAACCUAUUUUGCAGUGAGCCUGUUUGUUUGAAUUGAAUGCUUUUUAGAUGCACAAUAUUAUGUUUUAUUUUUAAAAAUGACAAUUUUUAAAUAAAAAAAAUUUUGAUUUUGUGAAACAUAAAUAUAAUAAAAAAAUAUUUAAUGUU